CAGAACAGUAUAAUAAGAGGUCUUUUCUGUACUAUAUAAUGUACAACUUUAACAAAGGUACAAAUCUGUUCUUUAAGGAACAUUAUUUGUACCACUGUGUACCUUUUUUCUGAGAGAGUAUGAUAUUAAGACAUUUUUAACACCUCAAAUUGUGAAAAGCAAAUUAAUACCCUGCACCAUAAUGUUAGAUAGCCUAUAGUCUUGUUACACAUUAACUUUUGAAAUGUAAUAAUUCAUUCCAUAUGACAUGUUCCUCAAAUAAAUUCCACCAUUAGUAUCAAGUAUGCUAAAUGAUUCCCCAAGUACAUUUGUGAUAAUGUUUUUAUGUGUUCACUCUGACCUCUUUCUGAUAUUUUUUUAGAGAGUAUUAGAAAAAAAACACCUCACAGCUUGUAGACGGGCAAUUUUAAGAGGCAAUCUUGGAUAAUCACACUGUUGGAUAAUCACACUCGUGCAUUAUCAAGGUCACGGUAAUGACUGAACUAAAUGAUAUAGUUAAGCGAAUUAAAUUAACUAAUAAAGCAGCCCAAUGUUUCACUGAGGUUCAUAAAUUAUUAUCCAUCAUGUAAUCUUUCCUUUGACCUGUUAUAGAAAACAGCAUUACCCAAAAUGCACUCUGAGGGAAACCGAGCUUCGCUUUUUUCCGAGCUCAGCCAAACAGCCCUACAGACAGCACUCAGACCUGCAAUGCCUGAAUCCACCGAGUUUCCUCCGUUUAGACUCGGCGAGUCUCGGUUUGAUCAGGGAUCAUUUUAUGGUAGGUUGAGACACUUCCUGGAUGUGAUUGACCCUCGCACACUCUUUGUAUCAGGGAGACGUUUAAAUGAAUGUAUGAAACUCCUGGAUCAGUUCAAAAAUGGAACUCUUCCUCCAGGUGUGACUAAUGGACAGCUUUGGAAAGCCCAGAAGAUUAAGCAGGCCAUCAUCCAUCCAGACACAGGAGAGAAGAUCCCCAUGCCCUUUCGCAUGUCAGGUUUUGUGCCCUUUGGUACUCCAGUGGUCGUAGGCCUAUUGUUACCCAAUCAGACAUUUUCUUCUACCAUCUUUUGGCAGUGGCUGAACCAGAGCCACAAUGCCUGUGUCAACUACUGCAACCGUAAUGCAACUAAGCCCACGCCAAUAUCAACGUUUUUCCAGGGUUACCUGGGUGCAGUCAGCAGUGCAGUUACUAUCGCAGUGGGGCUGAAUGUCCUUAUUAAGAGAGCUGAGCAUUUCAGUCCGGCUACGAGGAUCCUGGUCCAGCGGUUCAUCCCAUUCCCUGCUGUCGCGAGUGCCAACGUGUGUAAUGUUCUACUGAUGCGCCACACUGAGCUGUCAGAAGGCAUCAGUGUACUAGAUGACAAAGGCAAUGUGGUAGGCACCUCAAAACUGGCCGCUCGACAUGCUUUGAUAGAGACGUCCCUGACCCGUGUGGUGCUGCCCAUGCCUGUUCUCCUGCUGCCGCCAUUAGUGAUGUCACUGCUGGAGAGAUUCACGUAUCGGAGCUGGAGCCGGAGAUCUCUGCUGCUACACACUGCCAGAUCCUAACCUACAACAAGGGUCUUUAACCAGUUAAAAUGCUGGACAUCUGCCAACUAAUGUAUUUUUCCCUGAUGGUAAAAUGCAAAGUGUUAUUACAGUGUUUGAUUGCUUCUUG